AAGUUAGUUCAGAAGAUGCCGGUAUAAGAAUCGUAUGGCGUCACAGAACGAAAACAUGGUAGAGGUGUAUCGGAUUUUAUCGUGCGCAUUUCAAUUUCACAGCUAAGAGCGUUAAUUACCUUAAUUAUGUGAAAGUAAAUUAAUCAAAUAUAAUAUUUUUGAUCUUAAGAUUUAACAAAAUAGGCUUUUCUCAAUAAAAAGCCUUUUUGCUGCAAUGGUAACAAUAACGAAAUUGGUGCUCAUCGCAGUUAUUUAUGUUUUUUCAGGUAUUUUUACUCCUGUUAUAGCAUCACGUGUACUUGAACUGAGCGACAGAUUUUUGGAUAUUCAUAAAGAUGGGCAGUGGCUUGUUAUGAUGUAUGCACCAUGGUGUGCACAUUGUAAAAGAUUAGAACCAAUUUGGGCUCAUGUAGCGCAACAUUUACAUGCGACAUCAAUAAGAGUGGGAAGAGUUGAUUGCACCAGAUUUACAAGUGUUGCUCAUGCUUUUAAAGUUAAGGGAUUUCCAACUAUUAUAUUCUUAAAAGGUGAGCAAGAAUUUGUAUACCAUGGAGAUAGAACACGGGAUGAAAUAGUAAAAUUUGCAUUAAGAGUAAGUGGCCCGCCUGUUCAAGAAGUAACAAAAACUCAAAGUUUCGACACAAUUAAAAGGGAACGUGACCUAUACUUUUUAUAUGUUGGGGAACGAUCUGGACCAUUAUGGGAAUUUUAUCAUAAGACUGCAGAUGUGUUCCAACCACAUGCAUUUUUCUAUCAGUCUCAUCCAAAUGUUGUUAGUAAACAUGCUCCUGUGGAAAAUACUCCUGCAUUGUUUGUCUAUAAGGAAAAUUUACAUUAUAAUUUUAGUGGCCAUGACAUAAAUAAUAUAGAAAAGUUAAAUGAGACAGUGUACAAAUGGAUAAAUGCAGAACGUUUUCCUACAUUCCCAAAAGUAACAAGAGGAAAUAUAAAUCAACUUUUCCUGACAAAUAAAAAUCUAGUAUUGGCAGUAGUAGAAGAAAAUCAACUAGAAGAAAUACCACUACACAUGACACGGUUCAAAGAUAUGGUAGAAUCUAUAAUUAAAAGCAAACGAGAAAAAUACCAUGAUCAAUUUCAGUUUGGUUGGAUAGCUAGUCCAGAUCUAGUCAAUAGUAUAGCAAUGAUGGUUUUACCAUUGCCGAGCUUAAUUGUUAUUAAUACUACAACAAACCACCAUCACAUUCCAGAGGAUGAAACAGAAAAACUGACUCCUCAUGUGAUAGAGUUGUUCCUAGAGCAAAUUCGAAAUGAAAGUGCUCCGCGAUAUGGUGGAAACAGUUGGUUAAUUCGUAUAUAUAGAUCAUGGUUUGAAUUAAGAACAACUCUUUCUGCAAUGUGGAUGGGUAACCCCAUUCUAACAAUGGUUUUGUUUGGUUUACCAGCAGGAUUCUUAUCAUUAAUAUGUUACGGUAUUUGUUGUCCAGAUAUUUUAGAUGCAGAUGACGAUGAAGAAGAUCAUCCAGGAGCAAAUCAUAUGAAAAAAGAUUAAAAUAACUGAAUUAUUGUAUUGUUUAUAUUAAACAGAUUUUUAAAAUUUGUAAUCUAUUAUUUCUAAUUUCAUUUAGGUAAUAUUUAUUAAUUUUAUACUACAAAAUUUCGAAUUACUGAGACGCUUUAUUUAUUAUUCAUGAGUGUAACAAAAUUAUAUGAAUUAUGAAAGUGAUUAUUUUUGUAGUCAAUGCAAUGAAAGAGAUUCUAUGAAUUAUAAAUAGAAUGAUAAAGAUUUAUCUUAGCUAAAUGGAACUUUCAUAAGACAAUACAAAUCAUGUAAGUAAACGAACUUUUUUUAAACUGCGUAAUAAAUUUGUUUUACAUUGAAAUAUGUAAAUGUACUAGAGUUUUAUGUAAAGAAUGUAAGUGGUAAAUAAUGUUCUGUAUACUUAUAUUUGGAAUUACAGAUGUAUGUUUGUUUAUGUAAAUAUAGUGAAAAGUAUUUCAUAUCAAUGUUUACGUAAA